AUGGCCUGCCGACAUCGGUCCUCGACGACAACCCUCGCCAGACUGGCCAAGCCAGCAAGACUCACUCCCAGACUGACCACCCAACCUCAUUUUCAGUCCCAGGUUGCGUCGGCGGUCCGGUGCUUCAGCAGCUCUCGGCCUAGUCAGCUCAAGGAGACGAGAUGCCAGCAGGGCAAAUUCACCAGCGAGACUUACCCUGAACUCAAGAGGGAUCCUCGCUAUGGUCAGGUCACCAAGGAACAUGUCGACUUCUUCAAAGGUCUCUUGGGAACCGAGUCUGCUGUCAUCGAUGGCGUGACCAAUGAGAACGCCACUGACGAUAUCGAGCCCUUCAACUCCGACUGGAUGCGUAAGUAUCGUGGUCACUGCAGACUCGUCCUCAAGCCCAGCUCGACUGAGGAGGUCAGCAAGAUCCUCAAGUACUGCAAUGACAACAAGCUGGCUGUUGUCCCCCAGGGCGGCAACACCGGUCUCGUUGGUGGCUCCGUUCCCGUGUUCGACGAGAUCGUUCUCAACAUGGCCCGCAUGAACAACAUCAUCGAGUUCGACGAGGUUUCCGGUAUCCUGACUGUCGAGGCUGGUGCCAUUCUCGAGGUUGUUGACCAGUUCCUGGCCAGCAAGGGCUACAUCUUCCCCUUGGAUCUCGGUGCCAAGGGCUCGUGCCAUAUCGGAGGCAACCUCUCCACCAACGCCGGUGGUCUCCGUCUCCUGAGGUACGGAAGCUUGCACGGAACUACGCUCGGAAUCGAGGCCGUCCUUCCCGAUGGUACCGUUGUCGAUGAUCUCUGCAAGUUGCGCAAGAACAACACUGGCUACGACAUCAAGCAGCUCUUUAUCGGCUCUGAGGGUACUAUUGGUGUCAUCACCAAGGCUGUCAUCCAAUGCCCCCAGCGCUCCAAGGCUCAGAACGUUGCCUUAUUCGGUCUCGAGUCCUACGAGGCUGCCCAACAGGCCUUCCGGGAGGCCAAGGGUCACUUGUCCGAGAUUCUCUCUGCUUUCGAGCUUAUGGACGGCGGCAGCCAGGCUCUUGUUCGCCAAGUCACCAAGAAGAAUUCGCCGCUCGAGGGUGAGUAUCCUUUCUACUGCUUGAUCGAGACCAGCGGAUCCAACUCCGACCACGAUGGCGAGAAGCUCCAGACCUUCCUCGAGGACGUCAUGGAGAAGGGUAUCGUUGUCGACGGCACUCUUGCUCAGGACGAGACCCAGGUCAAGGCUCUCUGGAGCUGGCGUGAGGGUAUUACGGAAGCCCUUGGCCACCUUGGGGGUGUGUACAAGUACGAUGUCUCCAUCCCUCUUGCCGAGAUGUACCAGCUUGUCGAGGAUACCAAGGCCCGUGUUGAGGAGGCCGGCCUCCUCGGUGACACAGAUGAGCACCCGCGGGUUGAGAAGGUUCUUGAGCCCUUCGUCUAUGAGUGGAUUUCCAAGCGCCAGGGCAGCAUUAGUGCUGAACACGGUCUUGGUCUUGCCAAGAAGAAGUACAUUGGAUACAGCCGUACUCCCGCCAUGGUCGGCUUGAUGAAGCAGCUCAAGGAUCUCUAUGACCCGAACGCCAUCUUGAACCCUUAUAAGUACAUUUAG